CGGUUAUAUGAUAAAAAGGGUUGUUGAAGUAAGAAAUGAAUGAAGAAUGAAGGAUCGGAGCAGCUUGCUAAUGAAAAUUGUAUGAUUGGCACCAUAUCUGGUAGGCCAUGGGGGAGAGAGAGAGAGAUAUAUGAAAGCAUUAGCCCGUGAUUGAGUGAGUGAGCCAACAAGUUAACUGCUUGAAAUUAAAUCCCCCACACUUGGGUGUCCUUCACUACAUGACAAUUUCCAACUCCCACAUAGAGACAACACCCUGGCCGGCUGCUUCACAUGCCUUCCUCUAUUCCUCAACCACGGCGACUCUCUUUUCUAGCCACCCAUGAAUACCUUCUGCUUCUGCUUCUGCUUGUUGUCCUCACCAAAAUUAAACACAGCCUUCUCUUUCUCCCACACACUUUGACUUUAGGCCUACACUUGUUUUCUUGGGAGUAGAGUCGUCUAUCCCACCACGAUCAUCAUCACCAGUGACCAGUCUCUUUUUCGGAUGAACAAGGGAUAACAUAACAUCCUCACCAAAAAAUUAAACCUUCAUGACAUGUCUAAUUCAAACCCACAAGAUAUUGGUUCGUUUCCCAACACACACUACUACAGUACUACUAGUCAGGUCACUUUCCCCCUUUUCCCCUGCUACUACCCUCUGAUUUCCCCCUUAAUUAUUCCACGCUUCAAUUCCUUUUGUUUUCUUUCUCUCUACAAUGCAAUAUACACUCACUACCUUCUCUAACUCUUCAAUGACGCAAUUCACCACAAAAAUACCACCACCUUUGCACCAAUACAACUUUUCAUUUUCAAAUCCUAAUAAUAAUAAUAAUAAUAUUAUGAACAAGAACCCUACUUCCACCACCUUCGGUGACGCCACUUGCAUGGAACAGUUACUUGUUCACUGCGCCAACGCUAUUGAAACCAACGACGUAACCCUCGCUCAGCAGAUUCUCUGGGUUCUAAACAACAUAGCUCCACCUGACGGCGAUUCCAAUCAGCGACUCGCCGGAAGCUUCCUCAGAGCCCUAACCGCACGCGCCGCGAAUACUGGAAGCUGCAAGAUGCUCGCCGCUGUAGCUGACGCCGCUGCUAACCGUAACAGCCUCGCCAUCGAAACGCACAGAUUCUCUGUCAUCGAGCUGGCAAACUUCGUUGACCUCACUCCAUGGCACAGGUUCGGGUUCACCGCCGCCAACGCCGCCAUUUUAGAAGCCACGGAAGGGUUCUCGGUGAUCCACAUCGUGGAUUUGAGCUUGACGCACUGCAUGCAGAUCCCGACGCUGAUCGACGCCAUCGCUGGCCGCCACGAGGUGCCUCCUGUAAUCAAGCUCACGGUUCCCGGUGCCGCCUUCAGAGAAGGUAACAUCAAUAUCCCUCCAUUACUCGAUCUUUCUUACGAGGAAUUAGGCGCGAAGUUGGUCAACUUCGCUAGGUCGAAGAACGUGGUCAUGGAAUUCAGCGUUGUUUCUUCGAGUUACGCUGAUGGAUUCGCCUCUUUGAUCGAACACCUGAGAGUGCAACAUAUAGUUUCCGUUGCAGAAGGUCAUCGUCCAAACGAAGCUUUGGUUAUUAACUGUCACAUGAUGCUUCAUUACAUUCCCGAUGAAACUGCACUAGUUCAUCAUCAUGAAACAGAUUCGAAUUUAAAUCCUUUUAUUGUUCAUGAUUACUCUUCUUCUUCGUCAUCUCCUUCAUCUUCAUCGUCAUCAUUGCGGUCAAUGUUUCUUAAGGCGGUUCGGAGUUUGGAACCUACAAUUAUGGUUUUGGUAGAUGAGGACGUGGAUUUGAUAUCAAAUAACUUGGUGUGUAGGCUUAGGUCUGCGUUCAAUUAUCUGUGGAUACCGUACGACACGGUGGACACGUUCCUUCCUCGAGGCAGCAAGCAAAGGCAGUGGUAUGAAGCUGACAUAUGUUGGAAGAUUGAGAACGUGAUAGCGCAUGAAGGGGCUGAGAGGGUGGAGAGGGUUGAGCCCAAGAGCAAGUGGGAGCAAAGGAUGAGGAAUGCGAGCUUCCAUGGGAUUGGAUUCAGCGACGAAUCGAUUUCGGAGGUGAAGGGGAUGCUGGAUGAACAUGCUGCUGGUUGGGGUGUUAAGAAGGAAGAUGACAAUCUUCUUCUCACUUGGAAAGGCCAUAAUGUUAUCUUUGCUUCAGCUUGGUUACCUGCUUAGUAUCUGUAAUCUUAUCAGUAAUAAAGCUUCAAUCUUCAAUCAUGAAUGUUUCUUAAUGAUGUACUAUUAGUUUUUUUUUCUUUUUUCUUUCUUCUAUAGAUUCUUAUUCCUUCUA